AUGAUGGCGAAGCCGCGCGUGCUGAUCUACAACUUCUGCUUUCGCCGUCCGUUCCUUGCUCUGCUCGUGCGCGAGGACCCGGAGCUCUUCGCGCGCGACGUCCUCGCGGGCGCGCACACGGGAAGCGUCGGCCUGCAGCGGGAGGACGUGGCCUUUCUGGACGCCGUCUCUCUCCGAGAGGGGUCGUGGAUCGACUGGGGAGGCGCCGAGGCGUCGUCGCCUGGGGGGCUCGGGCAGCUCCUGCUGAUCCCGGGAGGCUUCGACCUCGGCUACUGUAAGAAGCUGGACGGGGACGGCGUGGGGAUCAGGGGUUUCGUCGAGGGAGGCGGCUCCUUGUUGGGCCUAUGCGCAGGGUCCUACUUCGCGAGCAGGCUCUGCAAGUUCGACCUGCACAACUGGGCGGCGCAGGACAGGCGCAUCGUCGGAGCGAGAGAGCUGGCGCUGUUCCCUGGCACUGCUGAAGGGCCCUGGCUCGGCGACUACGCGUACACCGGCGACCAUACCACGGGCCGGGUUGCGAGGAUCGUGGUCAGCCGGGAGCUGGAGAUGCCCCUGCGUGAGAGAGGCAGUGGCACUCGAGCAAUGUCGCCAGACGCGCCUGGCCAGCAACCAUCUGCGGGGGGUCGGUCAAUCGAUCUGGGGCCGCGGUCUACAGGAGCGGCGCGCAGGGUGGGUGCAUUGGUGGAGCAGGUGUGCGCGGACUGUCGACGGGACGUCAGUACCAGCGUGGUCGACGAGGAGGUUCUGGGCGUGUAUUGGAACGGGGGUCCGAGGUACAUCUUGGAUCAGGAGUAUCCUGCUUCUGCGCAAGUGCUGGCUUGCUACGCGGACGCUCCGCUACCAGGCUGGCCCUCGAGAGAAGCGGCAGUGGUUGAGGUGCGAGUGGGCCAGGGUCGCGCGAUCUUGAGCGCCGUUCACCCUGAGAUUUCGAAAGCUUACUUACAGAGACAGCGAUCAUGCACUGCAGGGCAAGACACAGCUCCCGCUUGUGCGCAAGUUUCGAGCCAUGUGCUGUCGAGACUUGACGAGCAGGACUCUCGGCGUUUCCUGGGGGCUCUGGUGAGCCGGCUCUUGAGGAACAAAUGA